UGGCGGACGACCAUGCGUGAGAUGAAGAUCUGUAGUGUCCAACUAAAUUUAUAAUUCGAAGACAGAGAAAAAUCAAAGACUUAAUGUAAUAAGCUAGCAAGGUAUCGUAAACAUCAUAGAAUCCACUGGAGUGAAAAAAAUCAGYAUAUACGCUCUAGUUUCUACGCGAUCUGUAGAGUAUUUUCAGAAUUUUAUUCACUGAUCUGGAAAUAGGAAUUUCUUCAAGGAAAAGAGAAAAGAUUUAUUAAUAAUGAACAGUCUGUGUGGCUGUCGAGUUACAGGAGUGUUGCAGUUGGUUGGUGUGGCUGCAACGAGGAGAUCGUUGUCACAGGCAACUUUUAGAGCAAAUUAUGCAUCCUUGGUCAACCAUGCAAAGUCAAUUCAAUCAAGACAAUUAUUAAUACAGAGAAACAGAGUCCCAAGAACAUUCCAACAGACUUCCAGAUACAAACAAAUCACAAGACAUCUGUCCUCAGUAGAGAAUCCCCAGGGGGGUGGUGAUGGUACAAUGACAGCUACUGCCCCAGAACCAGAAACAUUGGGUACCAAGAUAGCAAAGUUCGUUGGCCGGUUCAGUGGCAUUAAUUCUAGAAGCUCUGUGUUGUGGAGAAGUGCCAUGACGAUGUACAGAUCUUGUAUAGAGGAAGUCAAUUAUGAUGAUUUUUAUGAAGCCUGUAGCAUGCCUGAUACUUUCCAGUCCUGGUUCAUGAUCAAUCAACUCCACAUUUGGAUGUGUUUGGUGAGGCUGAAGGCAGAGGGGAAAGAUGGGCAGUUCAUGUACCGAAAGCUGGUUGAGAUAAUGUGGCAAGAUGUAGAGGCAAGGAUGAAGAAAAUUGGGGAGAUAGAUUCAACAACUGCAAGAGAGAGCCUCAGAGAACUUGUUCAGGAAUUCUAUGGCCUGAUAUUUGCAUAUGAUGAGGGUUUAUUGUCACAUGACAGAGUGUUGGCCGCAGCUUUAUGGAGGAACAUGUUUUAUGACAAAAGACAGACAGAUGCCUCGCAGUUGGCAAACCUAGUCAAAUAUGUACGUAGACAAGUACAACACCUUGAUAAUCUGGAUCCUGAAGAGCUCCUUACGACAGGAAAAGUACCAUGGCUGCCCUUUAGGACUGCUAAAGAACAGCCUCCCUUCUUAUACCAAUCAUACCAUGCCAAUUAGUGUGAUUUAUGAAGUAAAGUAAUCAUGUAAUGUCAAAUCCCAUACUUCUUUGUGGAAACACCAAUGUAAAGAAGUUUUAUAAGAAGCUAAAAUGCAACUUUACGAUACACGAAGAUAACUGUGUUAUAAUAUUAACGUGAAACAAAAACUGUAAAUAUGUGAUAAAUACUGAAAUUAUCAAAACACAAGUAUUGAAAUAUUGUGUAGACUUCAAUGAAGGACUAAGUUUAAUGGGAUGGUCUUCGAGUUUUGUUGAGUUGUACCUCAUUAUAUUUUAAUAAACAUACCUUCUCUUUGA